AUGGCGGCGUCAGCUAAGAAGAUUAAGAAGAAGGGGAAGACCCUGACCCUGACUGACUUCCUGGCCGAAGACACCGGCGGCAAUGCUCCGGCUCCCAGUUACCCAACAAAGUCCACGAGCUGGGCCGAUGAGACGGACGACCUGGACGGAGACGUGUCCACCUCCUGGCACACGGAAGAGGACUCUUACCGCAAUCCUCCCAUCGACCGCUCCAUUCUGCCCACGGCGCCUCGCUCAGCCCGAGAGCCCAACAUCGACCGCUCGCGCCUGCCCCGCUCCCCACCCUACACCGCCUUCCUGGGGAACCUUCCCUAUGACGUCUCCGAGGAGUCCAUAAAGGACUUCUUCCACGGACUGGCUAUCAGCGCGGUGCGUCUUCCUCGCGAGCCUUCAAACCCUGAGCGACUGAAAGGUUUUGGUUAUGCAGAGUUUGACGACGUUGAGUCACUAAUGAGGGCGCUGACCCUCAACGAAGAGAAUCUAGGAAACAGGAGAAUUCGAGUUGAUAUCGCAGACCAAUCAAAUGACAAAGAGCGUGACAAUGGCUCGAUGGGCAGAGACAGAGGCGGCAGGAUGUCUGACAUGGGCCCAGACAAAACAGACACUGACUGGAGAGCUCGCCCUGCAGCCGACGUGGACGAUGAUCCGCCCAGGAGGGACGACUCUUUUGGAUCUCGGGACCGUUUCGACAGAGACGGCCCUCGCCGAGAUGGAGGGUUCGACAGGGGGGGGGACCGGUUUGGGGGAGGAGGCCGUGAUCGCUAUGACGACAGAGACCGGCGGGACCGCUAUGAUGACAGAGGAGGUUAUGAUUCUCGCGGUGGAGGAGGUGGACGUCGGGCCUUCGGAAGCAGCUUCCGCCGUGAUGACUACGACUCCCGCGGCAGCAGCGACCGCUACGGAGACCGCGACCGAUACGGAGAAGACCGGUACGAGAGGCGGGAGGAGCGAGGUGAGGAUGGAGGUCCUCAGCAGAGGCCCAAGCUGAACCUGAAGCCCCGCAGUGUCCCUAAAGAGGAGGAGGGCAUCUCUCCCACCCCGGCCCCCGCUCCCUCUCGGUCCGCCUCCAUUUUUGGGAAUGCCAAACCAGUCGACACAGCGGCCAAAGACCGCGAGGUUGAGGAGCGACUAAAGAAGCAGGAGGAGAGACGACAAAGGCAGCUGGAGGAGGACAAAAGCCGCGCCCCGGACAGGAAGCUCAGAGACAGGGACCCGAGCUGGCGCAGUGAAGAGUCCCACACUGAGAGAUCUCGUACAGGGAGUGAAUCCUCGCAGCCGGGCAGCACUUCUGGGAGAGGAUCGCGCUGCAAAGAGGAGCGCCCAGGGGAGAAUGAGGUGUUUGGUCAGGAGCCAGAGCCCACCUCCCCCAGCUCCCCGCGGCCCCCCGCUGCAAAAGAGCCGCUCAAAGUGAUGCCCGCUCCACCUCCUAAAGAGAACGUGUGGGCCAGGCGCAGCGCAGGGGCCAAUGUCAGCCCCAGUGACGGAGAGAGAGGGCAGCCAGUGUCCCCCAGCGAUAACGCCCCGUCCAAAAUCAGCUCUGGUGAUGAGCGAGGAUCUGGAAAAGAUGAGAAUAAGGCUGACGGCAUGCGGCGGGGCGCCCCCCGAGCUCGAGGGGGCUCCACAGGGCCAGCGACCGGCAGAGGCAGAGGAGAGGGGCCCAAGGAGCGCAGAAAGGAAGCAGACAGAAAGGAACCUCGAAGAGAUCGAGACUCCAGACCCGCUCCAGAGCCAAAGAAAUACGAAGAGUCCCCCACUCCCAAGUUCAGCUCAGCCAGUAAAUACGCCGCUCUGCUAAUGGACGGAGACCAAACGGAAGACGCGGAGGACGAGUAA